CUGUGAAAUCUGUCCCUCUUCUCUUUCCUUCCAUUAGCUAGUAGCCAGUCAGUGUUUUGGCUAAAUGCAUGCAAAAGUGGUCCAACUAGAGAAAACGUCCAGUGAUUUAUCGUUUUCAUUUCUUUCAGACAGUUCGUGUGAGCUGGUCUACAACAACAUUAGGAAGCACGCAGGUGUAAGACCAUGGUGGUGAAUCUCUGCCUACCACAUUUCAAGACCACCAUCCAGUGCGAUAAGCCAUGUGCCGAUGGGUAUGAUGUCACCAACCUCCUAUCAGCCGACCCAGUAGUGAGGAGGCGGGGUUUUAAGCUGGAGUACUUCCUGCGGCCACCCGUACAGGUGACACUGCAGUUUGGCUUCCAGGUGGAGGUGUGUCGUGUGGAUGUGGAACUGUGGCCCUGGGGGAUGGACCGAGGACAGGCCUGCAAGCGGUUGGAGAUUAGCACCAGCUCAGAUCCCCCACUCCCUCUCAACCACAGCUUAGAGCAGGGCCAAACCCGGGCCCAACAGGGCCUAGAGAAGGGCCAGCAAUGGGACCAAGCCAAGGGCCAGUUCAAAGGCCACCAGUGGGGCCUCCAGCCGCAACAGUGGAGCCUCCAAGGCCAGGAGAAGAGUCAGUGGAACCAGCGGGUCCAAGCUAACAGCCACGCGGACACCAGCCAGGGGGAUUUCCGCCUGGUGGGACGCUGCGAACUAACGGAAGAGACCCUCGUUAGCUUCUCCCACCCCUGUUUCCGGCCGCGCCCUCCCUUCCCCUCCCUGCCCCCGGCCCCCCGAGAGGGGUGUCGACAGGAGGAGCUGUGGAGCAGGGGUCCGCUCUCACUGGGUUCCGUGAAGCAGCUCCGCGUGUCUGUGCCGUACGGCGCGGGGGCCUCUGUGAUGGGUCUCAAGGCGCUGGCAGUGUGGGGGCUGCCGUCGCGCAGUUGCCCUCCCGAAGAGGUGGAGAGGGUUAGGAUAGCGCAUGAGACCGCUACCCUGAGGCCGGUGCCGCGGCUCAGCCAUCUGGCGUCGGGGCAGCCUUCGCCCGUCAUUCAACCACAGCCCCUGUCGCAGGCAACAUCAACAGCUAGUCUCCUGCAGGUCCCUGAGGAGUUCCUGGACCCCCUGACCCAGGAGGUGAUGCUGCUGCCCAUGCUGCUGCCCAGCGGAGUGUCUGUGGACAGCUCCACUCUGGAGGAGUACCAGAGGAGGGAGGCUACCUGGGGCCGCGUCCCCAACGACCCCUUCACCGGUGUCCCCUUCAUCCCGGAGUCACAGGCCCUCCCCAACCCCCACCUGAAGAGCCGCAUUGACCGCUUCCUGCUCCAGACGGGGUUGGAGGUCCGGGAGGGCAUGGUGGGGAGGCAGGUUCAGGGGGAGAGUCCAUACCCCUCCAGACUCGUGCCCCCUCAGAGGACGGCGGACAGCGGGGACCCCGGUGUCGCCGCUGUUGCUGCCGCGUCUGCGGAGUCAGCCGGCCACCAGGGGGCACUUAACACUAACAGUGGCACUCACACACAGGCGGGCCUAAAGGGGGCUGAAAGUGUUAAUACACGGAGCCAACCUACACAGCACCAGGGUACCGUGGCUUUUAACAACCGGGCGAAAAAUGGAAAUGGGAAGGACCGUUCUACAGGUAAAGUUGGUCCUAAAGAAGGGGGAGUGGCUAGAGCGAGUGCCCAGGAUGAAGGGCCCGAUCUAGGGACUAGGAGGAAGCGAGAGCUGGAGGUUUGGGCCAAGCUCAUCCGCUCUAAGGGAAAGGGUGAGCCCGUCGCGACCAAAGCAGCCUCUGCUAGUGCUAGUCACUCCAAGGAGCUAGUUCCUGAACCGAAAAGACCAAGAACAGAUACCAACGCCACCAUCUCCUCAGCCACGGUCCCCAGCAGUAGCUCCCAUGAGCAGCGCCUGUCUGCCAGUCUAGAUCAUGAGCAGCGCCUGUCGGCCAGCCUAGACCAGGCCCUUCUGUCAGCCCUCCAGGGUCGACCCUCCUUCACCUCCUACACCUCCCAAACUCCCCAGGUCCAACACAAACACACAGAAACACCUGCUGACACCCCAACAGCUUUUCCAAUUUCUCUCCUUCCGCCCCUUCUCUCGCCCCUUCCCUUUCUUUCUCUCCCAGGUGAGAACAGGUGUGGGUCUUGUUCCUGCUCUCUGUCCGUCUACUCGACCUCUCCGUCAGCCUACCGCUUGCCCUGUGGCCACUUCCUGUGCCGCCCCUGCCUACACAGGAAGUCCCGCCCACUUGUCACCGCGGCAAUGCCCAAUCACAUCUUAUGUCCCACAUGCCAUAGCCCGGCCUCUUCCAGUGACAUCACGCGUGUGCAUCACUGAACAGAAACAUGCGUUCCGUGUGAACCACUGAUUUGAAGAACCCCGCGUAACCACCACCGGACAUGCGGCCACUGGCAGUAACUCCGAAUGGGCUCUUCACUGCACCUGUGAGCAGCAGAAUGCAGGUGGAGUUUGGAGGUAACACGGAUGACAUGGGGACUCUUCUCUUUUGGGCCUUGAUGAACAGUUACUUAAAAUCCCUCCAGCUGUCUUGUGCCGCCCCUCUAUCCCACUCCCCGAAAAGUCAAUAAAACUUUUACAGACAAAUCUUCUUAAA